GACUCAUUUUGCAAUCAUAAUAGUAUUUGCUUGGCCAAAUUUCUAUAAACCAUUCCAAGUCAAGGACAUGUCAAUGUUGAAAAUGUGCCGCGUCUGCAUGGACACGAAUAUGAAAUUAAUGGACAUUUUUGAUAAUCCCAAUAAGGAGGACAAGGAUGAGAAACUGGAACCAAGUCUAUUGGAAAUGCUCAACGAGUGUACUAAUUGCCAUGUCCAGAGAGAUGAACUACCUCAGCAUAUAUGCUGUGCAUGUAUUUUGGCUCUCCGGAAUGCAUUUCACUUUAAGCGAAAGUGUGAGCAAAGCUAUCGCCAACUUCUUCAGUUACUCAAGAGCAAGGAAAACGAUCUACUAGACAAUGCCGAUGAUGAUGUUCAACAGGAGGAACUAAUUAACUAUGACCAGGAAUCGCAACUAGAAACAGAAAACGAUUGCCUAGCAGAGAGUGAGGAGACUAAGAAUUCACUAAAAGUCACAAGCAAAUCGCACAUGUGCAAGGAGUGUACCAUCAGUCAUGAAUCUCGAGCCGAACUGAAUGCCCAUAUAAAGCAGCUAGGCCAUAAUAAGCCAAUGCUUUGCCCGGAAUGCGGUUUACGCUGUAAGAAUAGUCACACUUUGGCCAUCCAUCUGCGUCGGCAUAACGGCGAAAAGCCAUACAAAUGCAAAUUCUGCAGCAAGGGAUUUCCACGACUCGAUGAUGUUCGAGUGCAUGAGAAAUAUCAUACCGGCGAAAAAUCACAUUUCUGUACAAUAUGCGAUAAGGGUUUUCUGCGUAAAUACAAUUUAACCAUACACAUGCGUGUUCAUACAGGCGAAAGACCACACAAAUGUCCACAUUGCCCACAGGCGUUUGCCCAGGCGAAUGAUUUGAAAUGUCAUAUACGUCGACAUACCGGCGAACGUUAUCGUUGUGAAUGCUGUCCGGCAACAUUUCUGCAGCACUAUAAAUUGCGUUUGCAUAAAAUGGCCAAGCAUGGCAUAGAGGAGAAGGCUUUAAUACAACGAGUAACCAAAUUCCGUUCAAUGGAAGAGCAACAACAGCAAAUUAAACGCAAUCAAGAAAUGGAAGAAUCGCUGAAUUACAACUGCUUAAAAGAAACGUUAGCAACUGAAUUAGAGACAACGAUUGCCUAUUAGGAUAUCAACUUGAAACCAAAGAGGAUCAUUUAAUAUACAAAGAAAACUUAAGAAAAUUUGUCAAUGUAUUGCCUAAAGUAUUGAGUAAUGUAUUGUUAAUGUAGGAAAAACGAAAACGUUAGCAAUGGUAUUACAGACUUAGAAUCUAAAAUUGAAACUAAAGAAGAUCAAACAAAUCUGAAGAGUAUUGGUUAAUGUAUUCGUUAGUAUAUUGGUCAAUGCAUUGAAUAAUGCAUUGGUUAAUGUAGGAAAAAAAGAAACGUUAGCAAUGGAAUUACGGACGACGAUUGGCAUGAAUGAAUGAAUGAAUUUGAAAUUGAAACUAAAGAAAAUCAAUCGAUACACAAACAAAACUGAAGAGAAUUGGUUAAUGUAUUGGUUAGUAUAUUGGCCAAUGUAUUGAUAAAUGUAUUGGUCAAUGUAUUGAAUUGUGUAUUGUUUAUAGUAACAUUUGUUACAUAAUUUACAACAUUUUUGGUUGAGGCUUACUAAAUUAGCAAAGUAAAUUCCACCUAAACCUUGAAUCGGACAAGAACAUUGAUUAGAGAACAGCUAUAUCAUGUAAUUUAGCUAUUGUAAGAACGAAGAAAGCACGAUUUUAGUGAAUUCCGUAAAAUAUUGUAUAGGAAUUUUAUUUAAUAACUUAAAAAGACUUUGUACAUAGAUCUUGUUUUACUCUUCAGCUAGAGCUUGCUUUAGAGUUAUGCAAAAUUAAUGAAUACCAAUUUGAGAUUACUUAUUUCAGAUGCAUGGCAAGUUUAUAAUACAUCACGGGUUAUUUUCCAUUCACGUGGAGGGCGGAUAAUGGGAUAAUCAUGCGAUGAGCAAUUCUGUAGCAAUUAAUCAAAUAACGUGAUAUUUGAGUUAUCACAAAGAAUUUCAAGUAAAAAUUGAGCUACGUGCGAUUUGCGGCAUGCGUUUUUCUAUUGAAAUUUUGCAAUUUGUUUUGUGUAAUGUAAAAAUGAAUAACUAUAAAUAACUAGAUAUUAGCCAGUUUAGUGCGGUUAACUAAUCGAUUUGCGUUGACUUUUCGGUUACGCAUUUUCAUUCAACUUGUAUUGCGGUAAAAAGGAAAUAAAUAAAUAUUUUUGUAUGUAUAA